AUGUUGAAAAGAUAUUCUCGACCAGACAUUGAAAGGAAAGUGACUUCUCACUAUGACAUAACGUUGAAAGAAUUGAAGGAGUUGAUGAGGUUGAGAGGAAAGGAUGCAGUUGGACACAUGCAGCAACGCUAUGGAGGUGUCGUGGAAUUGUGCCGGAAACUCUACACAUCUACCACGGAUGGCCUCAGCAGCAACCCAGCAGAGCUGGAAGAGCGGAAGUUGGUCUUUGGCAGCAACGUCAUCGACCCUGAACCGGCCAAAUCAUUCCUCUGCCUGAUGUGGGAGGCCCUUCAAGACAUCACCCUCAUCAUCCUCAUCGUCGCCGCUUUCAUUUCUCUGGUUCUCUCAUUUUACCAACCACCCAUUGAUGAUGAAGAUUCGUUUGGCCAUCACGAUCAGUCGGAAUCAAAGGCAGGCUGGAUUGAAGGAGCCGCCAUUUUGAUUGCAGUCUUCGUCGUCGUCAUCGUGACGUCAUUCAAUGACUGGCGGAAGGAGAAGCAGUUCAGAGGUCUGCAGAGCAGAAUCCAGGUGGAACACAAAUUCGCCACCAUUAGAGACGGAGAGCUGCUCCAAAUUCCUGUGGCGGAGUUGGUCGUCGGAGAUAUUUGUCAGGUCAAAUAUGGUGAUUUACUUCCGGCAGACGGGAUCGUCAUACAGUGCAAUGAUUUGAAAGUUGACGAAAGUUCCUUAACAGGCGAGUCGGAUCACGUGAAGAAGGGACACGACUUCGAUCCCAUGCUCCUCUCAGGCACCCACGUGAUGGAAGGGAGUGCCAAGAUGGUCGUCACCGCUGUUGGAAUCAAUUCGCAAUCUGGAAUCAUCUUCUCGCUCAUGAACAACAACAACUCCACCACGGCCAACAACAAUACCACCAACGCCAACAACUCCAACUACAGUAAGAAUAUCAACCGGAAUGAAUUUUAUUACGAAGAGGAAGAUGACGAUGUGGAUGCAGAUAGAGUUGAAAGUAUGUUCUUCUAA